AUGCCAAAUGCAGAAUUAACUAAAAAUAACCCUCCCAUCACAAACCAUCCACCCGCACACCAGAACAACCUGUCCAAUGGCACACAAACGGUCUCAAUACGCUUAGAAAUCAUGCCACAGGCCCAAAAACAAAGUAUACCAUACACGAUCUUUAAGUUCACUGCUACAGAAAACGAGACAUCUGCAACAUCCCUGGAGACCAACUCGCUACCCAAACCCCAAAUCCCAGCAAAAAGAAAUAAAGCCCAGACUCUUGCUAUCCAGAAGCAGAAAAGAGCAGCCAGCACGCGAAGCAUGAUCAACAAGAACCAUGCAAACUUGGUCGAGGGUGGUUUCACCUACAACAGAGACGAAGCUAUGACUCUCGCAGAAGAUCAACAGGAACGUGCCGCCUUUAAGGCCACCAUUGCUGACUUAACUGGAAGGUUGGAAAAACUGGUCGCCAACUACCAGUCAGUAAUGGAAAAGCUUAAUAGCUUACUCGCCAAGCACAACGUCAGCACUACCAGAGCGACCUUUGCACCCACUGGUAAAGACUUGCUGAUGGCAUCUAAGCAUGCCCCAAAAACCCUGAUGAACUAUGACAGCAGCAACAAUUGCACCCAAUGUGCCAACUGCAACCCCAUCAUUGACAACAGCAACAACAACAACAAAAGCAGCAAUAUCACUACAGGUAGCACUGCCACACCCACCCAGACUUCAUAUAUUACGCAAGCCAAGAAGGGCAUAGAUGCCAAACAGGCCAAGCAAUACAUCAAGUACCAGGAAAUGAGAAAAAUCCUCAGCUCUUUUAAGAUCCCCACCUCCCACAUCCUAGACAUCCAAUUCCCUGCCAGAGGGACAGUAGCUCUCCUCAUCAACGGGGAGUUCUGCAAAGAACUUAUCACAUUACUAGAAAAGGCCAAAGUGACCCCACUAGACAACUUUGAUCCCACCGCCACCGACGUGAUUGCCGAUCCCAAGUUGAAAGAAGAGUUCAUCGAGGCUGUCAUGAAGAUCUCGCAGAUCGCAGUCUCCGACUACCUGGAAGGCCGAAAAACUGACAGCACCAUCACCACAACUUUCCUGCCUGAGAGCGCCCCUGCUAUCCAGUGCCCUUGGACCCAGAUACACAACUUUGCCAUUCUAACGACGUCGCCAAAGCCAAUGGACGGCAUCUCACUACUUAUAAGGCCAGAUUUUCCUCAUCAUGUACACCCCCUUCCAAUCAUUAACCCCCACGUUGUAUCAUGUAGGAUCGAUCUCUAUACUAUACACUGCGUAUACCUCCCACCACGAUUGACAUCCUCUGAGUGUCAAGAGUGGCUGGCGCUGUUACCCAUUCACGACUUCACCAUUGUUUGUGGAGACUUCAAUGCUUGA